UGGACGAAUUUAUAAAUGUAAAGACGACAUUUCUUUUUCAGUUUCAUUCAUAAUCUUUCAUUUAUGAAGGCCGUUAAAAGUAUAUUCAAAACGGAGCACAUCGCUUACUGCAAGUUGCAAAUUUCUAAAGUUGUUUUUGGUCCUUUUUCAAAACGCCAUAGGCCCGACUAGAUUAACAUCAGAAAGUGAUGUAAAUGUUUCUAUUUUAAAAAGUAGAAGAAAAAGAUAGAAAUAUGUCACUUGAAAAAUCCCUUAGCAUGCAAUCAGGACUGGAGUCCUUUGCAGGAAAUGAAAUUAAAGAGAACGUGGUCAAUUCUUCUGGAGAUACGUUCUGCAAAAAAGUUUGCGUCGUUCUUAAGAAUAUUACCAUCGAACCGGUAAUGCUGUGCUAUACUCUUCCCAGUAUCAUGGCCAGUCUCGCAACUCAAAAUUUAAACCUGGAAAAAGCGUGCAGGGUGAAUUUGCAAUUUGAAGAUGAUGUUUGUUCAGCGUUGGCAAUUAGAAAUGCCAGUGGGUACAAUGCUACCGAAGAAAUUGCAGUUCAAAAAUACGUCGCUUCCAUGAAUGCUUGGAAGAACGUGAUUCAAAGCAUAUUGCCUGCAUUGCUUCUUAUGUUUUUGGGUUCUUGGAGUGACCGACAUAGAAGAAGAAAACCUUGCAUGAUCCUUCCGAUUAUUGGAGAACUAAUCACUUCGUUGUGUCUCAUAGUAUGUGUUUUUUUCUUUUAUCAGUUACCGAUGGAAGUAAAUGCUCUUGUCGAAUCGAUUCCUCCGGCAAUAUCUGGAGGAUGGUUUGCUAUGUUCAUGGGAAUGUUCAGCUACAUAAGUAACAUUUCUUCGUUGGAAACCCGAACAUUGCGAAUUGGAGCUGCUAAUAUUUUUUCUAACGUCAGCAUUACAAUUGGAACUUCAUUGAGUGGAAUUUUGUACAAAAUUAUGGGAUUUUAUGGUGUUUAUAGUUUGGCUGUACUUUUGUAUACGAUGGGUUUGCUGUAUAUGGUGUUUUUGGUGAAAGAAGUACCGCGAGACAAUUUGGAAAAAAAUGAGAGAGAAAAACCAUUUUUGUUAGACUUUUUCAAUUUCAAACACAUUUCGGAUACACUACAGGUGGCUUUUAAGAAAGGAGAGAAAAAUAGGAAAAAAAGAAUUUGUGUAAUAAUGGUUCUUGUGAUGGUUAUUAUUGGACCAAUGCAUGGAGAAAUGGGAGUAAUGUAUCUUUUCGUGAGGUACAGAUUUCGCUAGAAUGAUAUUGACUACAGUCUUUUCUCUACAUUUGCUUUUAUUUUACACAUGCUAGGUACUGCUUUCAGUCUGGCAUUUUUUACGAAAUUCUUGAAAGUCGACGAUACAGUUUUGGUUAUAGUUUCUGUUAUCAGCAAAAUCUUGUAAUGUUUUGUAUUCGCUUUUGCUCCGAAUUCGACCAUAUUUUACUUGGGAAAGCAAAAAAGUGCUGUAGUCGCAAUUUUUAUUGGGACAUCUUUUAUUGUAAUGAGAUCCGUAAUGUCGAAAUUAGUUUUGCCUGAUUAAUUGGGAAAAAUUAACUCACUAUUUGGGGUGUGUGAAUCUCUAAUGCCCUUAAUAUAUGGGCCUAUGUACAGUCUGUCAUAUAAAACAACUAUAGAUUGGUUGCCUGGAUUUUUCUUUAUUUUAGGAGGUGUUUUAACAAUCCCUGCCGUCGCAAUCUUUUUCUGGCUAUAUUUAGAACAUAAACGAGACGAAAAAGAAGCGAUUAAAAUAAAAGAACAAGAAGCUUUACUAACUAAAAAUAAUACGACAGUAAAUCCGGUAAAUGAAUAAAAGUUUGUUUAUCUUUGUUUUUAUUAUUUUAAUAAAUUUACAAAACAA